UCGCGGUUGACCCAUUUGGGGUUCUUGGGGUUGAAAGUCAUGAACUUGUUCCACACAACGUGGGCCACCGGGGCCAUACCCAUGGGGGCACCCGGGUGGCCGGAGUUUGCCUGGAAUGUGGCAUCGACCUGUGCGAAAACACCGAAAGUCAGCCAUUGGAUCUCUCUCAAACGACCCUGAACAGCCUCCAACAAGCUGCUGCCACUUUUGUUGGGAGCAGGACUGCUAGCGGGGUAGCUAUUGAUAAUGGUGGGGCGGGCUCCAAAACAACAAGAGGAUGUAACGUACCGCUAGGGUGCGGAUGGUGUUGAUAGCGAGCUCAUCGGUCUUUCCGUACGGCAUGAUGGGCAGAUCUGUCGAUGGGGAAAAGAUUGAGAGAAGAGAAGAUGUCGCAGACGUGCUGGUGUUUAGGUUUUGUAGUUAUAGUGGGGUGGCUAGCCGUCAUGCCUGCCUCACUCAUAACGCCAGAGUGGACGUUUUAGUGGGGUCUCUCAAAGCCCGAUUACAUCAACCAGUCGCCGCACUUUCUGCCACAACAUGCCACAUCCCACCUGCUAGCACACCGCGCAUACGAACCUGCUGCUUGUUUUUAGUAAGCCUGCGCCGUGUGCUGACAUGGUUUGCCGUGUCUCGUCUCGCCGGUCAAUGGCGCGCUGCUGCAGCUGCAAGUGACUGUCCAUUACUAACCUCUUGCCCUGGACAGCCUCUGCUCCCUCUGCAUCCGCCAUGCGCCGAGAACGACCGCACUGGCGGGCCACAGUGCCCCGAUAGCGCAGGGAAAGCCUCUGUCAAACUCUUGCUCCAACUUGUUGCGCCAUGCAGAAAACUCACGAUGAGACAGAAUUCUUCCGGGCGGCUAUCGCGACACCCGGGAUCGGCGCCGCGGCCGAAACAGAACUCAGUAGAUGAGGCUCAAUCGUGAGAGCCCCAAUACAGCAUGUCUCGACUAGAGCCGGACAUUUAACCUGUUUAUUCUCCGGUUGCGCUGAGAGACUGCGACGACGUAAGACUAGGCUGCUAGGGCAGUUGGGUAAAUAGCGCGCCCGCUGCUGCUAUAUACCGCUGGCUGGCUAAUCACCAUUUCGACACCAUGGAGUCCCUGUACCAAGGCCGCUCAACCAGGCUGUUUGAUUGACGGGUCA